AUGCUUCAACUUCAUGAUCCGAAUUAUAUAAAAUCCUUACGAGAAGAGAUCAAAUUCGAAUUCAAAAAUGCAUUUAACGAGUAUAUGGAAAAUGCACUAGGCUAUGAUCACUAUUCUCCAAUAACUAGACAUGGAUAUAGUCAAUUUGGCCUCAAAUUUUCACUUUUUGAUUCCUUAGACACCUUAUUACUGAUGAAUUUAACAGAAGAGUUCGAAAACGCAUCAAAAUAUGUAUUACAGACUACUAAUUUCACAAAAAAUUCUACAAUUUCAGUAUUUGAAUCUACAAUUAGAGAUAUUGGAGGUUUAAUCUCAGCUUAUGAGCAAACUGGCCAAAGAAAAUUCUUAGACUUAGCCGAGAAGCUAGCGUUAGUACUAGAACCCGCAUUCAAAACUCCAACAGGAUUUCCAUAUGCAUAUAUAAAUCCCGGGACUAAUUAUACAGAAGAUCAUAUCUGGAAUAUACAAAAAUCAUUACUUUCAGACAUAGGCAGCCUUCAAAUAGAGUUCUAUUCUUUGACAUAUCAUACAGGAAACAUGAAAUACUGGAAUCUUGUUAAUUACAUUGAAACAAUAGCCAAUAAAUACAUAUUACCAAGUAUUUACUUUAGCUAUCAAUCCACUUACUCCGAAGUACCUACAUCUCUUUCCUUUGACGCAUUUGGAGAUUCAUAUUACGAAUAUCUUCUAAAAAUGGCAUUAUUAGCUCCUCAAAACAGUACCCUUUAUUCAGAUUAUUUUAUUACAGCCAUAAAACAAGCUUCAAAGCAACUUUUGGUCACAUCUCGCCAUAAACAUUUAGAAUUUUUCAAAACAACAGUUUAUGGACAGUCCAAACACCAGAUAUCCCAUCUAUCAUACUUCCUUCCUGGAAUAUUAUACCUUGCGAGCCGAGAAUACCCAAACUUUAAAUUAUCCGAAGAAUUAGCUGACAGAUUAAUGGAAACAUCAGUCAAACUCCACAAAAUGACCAAAACAGGACUCAGUGGUGAUGUUUUAGUGUUUGGAGAGAACGGAAUGACUUGGGAAGAUUCGACAUACAAACUCAGACCAGAAUACAUCGAAUCAUUGUUUUACCAAUGGAGAGUUAAACAUAAAACAAUGUCAAGGAGAUUGGCAGAAGACUUUUUCAACAGUUUGAAGAAAUAUUCGAAAAUAGGAAAUGCUUAUUCUUCUGUUUCAAAUGUUGACUCUUCAUUCCCUGGUUACGAAGAUCAAAUGGACUCAUUUUUCCUUGCCGAAACAAUGAAGUACCUUUAUUUGAUUUUCUGUGAUGAUGAUGUCAUUUCUCUCGAUGACUACGUCUUCACAACUCAGGGACAUUAUAUAAAGAAAAAAGAUCAUAGAAGAUAA